UUUCUUUUAAGUCGCUCGUUUCUUAAAGCUGGGUGUUAUGGUGCUAGUUGAUCAUGUAUGACGUUAAACGACAAAAACAAGAAGGAUUAUCUGUUUUUUAGUUUUCUUUUUGCUCCUUUUGUUGACUUUCGUUAAUUCAGUUUAAGUUUUAAACCGAACAGCAGUUUGGAGCCGAUAAGGAACCGACACCAUGGACUGGGGAACCGACCUGUGGAUCUUCAAGUUCAAUUGGACCCUGCUGUACCUUACUCAGCUACCCGGCAUGGUCCUUCUCGCACUACAAAAUGGUGAUGGUUGUACCAUUACAAUUCAGCCUGCUAAACUAGUGGUGGAGUUUGGUGCUUCUGCCACAGCUAACUGUUCCACAACCAUCACCCAUAAUGGAAUGGGUUGGGAAGCAGUGACUGGAGCAGUGGAUCUAACAAAAGGCGUCCAGUUCCUUAUCUGGAGGGUAGAGAGUCUGAAAUACUGGGACACACAGCCAAUAUGCUACAUAAAUGCACACAUGCAGUGCGAAUCCGAGCUCCCAGUUACUGUUUACAAACGUCCGGAGAAGGUGUCGAUCAGCACCGUGGAUCACACAGGGCCAAUGAUUGAGGGCAAACAGUACAAGCUCGAUUGUGAUGUUCAGAAUGUUGCUCCUGUUAAUCUCCUCACUGUCAACUGGUACAAAGGACAGCCAGGACAGCUAGUGAAAAGUGUACAAUUUAAUAACAUUUCCUCCAAAACACCAGUAAACCGUUCUACUGAACUCAGCAUCUCGACCAGCAAAGAAGAUGAUGGAGUUCAGUACAGAUGUGAGGCAAAGCUAGAACUAGGACCAGAAGGACCUCAACCUCCUCCUAUAAAGACAUCAGAUCCUCUCAGCAUUAUAGUGCACUAUGGUCCAGAAAUUCAGCCAGUCACACGCUCAGAAGUGGUGAAAGCAGGCAAUGACUUGUCUCUGAGCUGCACUGCAGAAGGAAAUCCAGAGCCUGAAGUGAGCUGGAGCUUUCAAAACCAAACUAAGGCCACUGGGAGGCGGCAGACAAUUCUAAACCUUUCUAAAGCCAAUUCUGCUGAUGCUGGUGAAUAUUUGUGCACCGCUUCUAAUGAACUUGGGAGCAAAACAAGGACCGUCUCACUGACAGUAGAAGAAAGCAACACGCGAACAAUAAUAAUCUGUGUUGGGGUUCUAUUACUGAUUUUAAUUAUUGCAUAUGGAAUUUACAUUUUUGUCAGGCGCAGAUAAUCUGAAAGGUAAACCAUAUAGACUAAUGGUGAUGUCUCUAUGUCACUAUUGAAGUAGAAUGAUGGAUAAGUAGUGAUGUUACCGGUGUUGUAAUCAGAGGUGGGUAGUAACGAAUUACAUUUACUUCGUUAUAUUUACUUGAGUACAUUUUUUGGGUAACUUGUACUUUUUGAGUAUAAUUAAAGAUGCAUACUUUUACUCUUACUCAAGUAGAUUUUUAGUGGAAAAACUUUACUUUUACUUCGCUACAAUCGGCGGCGUUCCUCCGUUACUCAAAUGGUAACAAAUCUGAGAUUUAAUAAAUAAUAAUUAGUUUAUAUGACAAGUCUCGCGAAACGUUGGAGAGGCUGCUUCGCGAGAGUAUACUGCACAUCUCCCGCUGAAGUUUAGCGCGCCUUUAGUUGGAAGAUGAUGGCUGAAGCAGAGGAAGACGUUUGCGCUUUAUCAAAGGCAGAUCACAUGUGGCCACAAAUUAAUUCUAUGUUUUCACUCCAAGAUGUAAAAUAUAAUAGCUUUAUAAUGCGAUGCAUUCUGUGUGCACCAAAACAAACAGACAUUGCAGCUUACAAGAAUUCCAGCUCCAACCUGAAUCUUUUCCCUCACAUACGCUCUCGUGCAAUCCUGUGAACCCUACAAACAACACGUACAUGAACAAACGUUCAUUAUAAGCGUCUGCAUUUUCAUAUCCAUGUUCCACAAAAUAAAUUGAAUUGCGUACUGUAAGACGUUUUGCAUUUAUACGCAAAUCCUGACAUCUCACUUAAGUUUUUUUUGGACUACGUUUUUUUUUUCACUAAAGUGUAGAACAUAUACAAAAUAAAAACGGGAUUAUAUUUUGUUUUAUCCCUAAAUUAAACAUAUUAUUAUUAUUAUUAUUAUUAUUAUUAUUAUUAUUAUUAUUACCUAAAGAGUACAUGCACUUACUUAUAAAAUGUAACAAAUGUAAGAAUAAAGUAAAUUAAUCUUAAAAGGAAGAGCAGGUUAGCCCAGCACAUCAUUCAUUUACAUCAUUAAACCAUUAAUCACACACACAUUUUAUAUAAAUAUAUAUAUAUAUAUAUGUAUAUAAUUAUACUUCAACCUGUGUUUUAUAUUAGCAGAAUAAAGAGACUUUUAAGGAGAGGUGUGUCAAAGCUCUCCAAGUAGUUGCUUCAUAUCAAUCAGAUGAGACGUAACUAGUAACUAACUACUUGAGUAGUUUUUUCAUCGGAUACUUUUUUACUCCUACUCAAGUAAAGAUUAAGAUUGUUACUUUUACUCUUACUUGAGUAAAUAUUUCCAUAAGUACUUUUACUUGAGUACAGAUUUUGGAUACUCUUCCCACCUCUGUUUAUAACUUAAAUCUCAUUCAUCAUUGGGCAAAUAUACGAUUCAAUGUAACAUUUCAUGGCGUAUAUUUUGUCAUAUAUAUAUUUAUUGGAUAUUAGUAAUACGUUGAAAAAUAUAGGAAUGCAAGAAAAGUAUUUUUGUGCACCGCUUAAUACCAUGAUCUUUUUUAAAUGGUUCACACUUUAUACUUUUGAGACAAGGUCUAUCCUUAAUCUGUUUUUAGGUCCAGUGUUUGAUUUGCUACCAGCAGCUGGCCUAUAAUAAUAAUAAUACAUCACUCAUUCAAGAACACUUACAAUGUCCGCGACAUGUUUCACGAGUUCACACUUACAAAUAAGACUGUGUGUCUAUAUAGUCAUGCUGAACAGGUGGACACCUGAUUGCUGACUGCUGAUUGUUAAUAAAACAUAAUUAAGCACAAAGCAUCCAUCUAGCCUACAGUACAGUAGUCUGUAAGGCAGAUUUAUAAUCAUGUAAAAGUGUGUCUGCACUUAUGUACCUUCAACAUUCAUGAGUUUGAUUUUUUUUUUUAAAAAAACACUCAAAAUGUCCACAUUCACCAUACAAAAAGUUAUCUUUAUUACAUUUUUGUAAUGGUUUUGGUUCUCUUCAAGAAAGCUUCACUUCGCCAUCAAUAUGGAAAAGGUGUGACAACCAACACAGAAAAUAACUAAAAUGACUUCUGCAUGAUUUUAGAAAUAAACUAGAUUUGUAAAGUUCGUCAAGACAAACUUUGAUGUUGGCUUUGACAGUGCAAGUAUUCGCAAAGGCCGGUGCUUUUUAGAGGCGAGUGGACAUAAGGGUCAGUGUUACUUUUGGAGGCAAGUGGACAGAAAGAUUGUGAAAGCUACUGGACCGCUACACUUUUGCCAAUACUUUUGGAGGCGAGCGGACAUGAGCAUGUGACGUGAUCCGAAUACCGAGGCAUCCGAGGCAGUUCCCCUCAUUGUGCUGUGUUUUGAUAUGUCACAUGUCCAUGUUGUGCAAAUUUUUGAUUUUCACGUGACGUCACGUGACAUGGCAAGAAUACAUGUGAGGCAGUUCCCCUUAUUGUGCUGAGUGUUUUGAUAUGUCACAUGUCCAUGUUGUGCAAAUUUUUUAUUUCGCUUAUUUUGGGGGCGGGGCUACACGUGACGUCACGUGACGUGACCAAAAUACACGUGGGGCAGUUCCCCUCAUUGUGCUGAGUGUUUUGAUAUGUCACAUGUCCAUGUUGUGCUAAUUUUUUAUUUUCACGUGACGUGACGUGACCAUAACACAUGUGAGGCACUUCCCCUCAUUGGGCUGAGUGUUUUGAUAUGUCACAUGUCCAUGUUGUGCAAAUUUUUGAUUUCGCUUAUUUUGGGGGCGGGGCUAUACACGUGACGUCACGUGACCAGUAUACCCGGUGGGGUGCCAAUACUUUUGGCAAAAAGUGGCUACUGAGGGUUUGGACAUUUCAUGUCAAUACUGCAGUCAUUAUGGGAUUCUACUUAUUAUUAUACUGCAUAGAACACAGGAGAGAAGCCGUGCCUGAGCUCUGCGCACGCUGCGUGUGUGAAAGCUUAGAGGAAUUUUAGGAAUUCCCCAUUCAAGUCUAUGGGACGUUCCAUCGUCGACUACGGGAAAACCGAAAGUUCCGUCGGAACGCCGAGUCCGGAACUUUGUCCGGAGUAACGUCCUAAAGAACCUGUCCGAGUUUGGUGUAAAUCGCUCGAAAACUUGCCGAGUUAUAAACCUCCAAAAUUUAUAAUGGAAGUGGAUACGAAAAAAGGCCACUUUGAGCUUCCGUACCGGGAAUGCCGGAAUUCCGAUCGCUUAGAAAAGUAGUAGCAACAAACUUCAGACCAGGGUCUACGACAUAUCCGAAUUUGGUGCAUGUGGCUCGAAAGCCCUAGGACGAGUUACUCUUGAUAAAUUUGUGGCUAAGAAUAAUAAUAAUAAUAAUAAUAAUAAUAAUAAUAAUAAUAAUAAUAAGCUUAUAAAGGAAAUCAGAAUGUUGGCUUCUACAAAGCCAACAUAAUAAUAAUAAUAAAGCUUAUAAAGGAAAACAGAAUGUUGGCUUCUACAAAGCCAACAUAAUAAUCAUUUGCUUUGUGUCAGGUUUUAUUUAAAUGUUUUCUAGAUUGCGAACAGGUGUGGCAGUAAUCAGGCCUGGGUGUGGCUAGAGAACUCCGGUGUGAUAAACCACAGUUAAGUUAUGUUUUAACAGGGGGGGCAAACACUUUUUCACACACUUGUUGUGUUUACUUGUUAUCUUUGAAUAAUAUUUAAAUUUGUUUGAUGAUCUGAAACAUUAAAGUGUGAAAAAAACGUGCAAAAAAAAAAAAUCAGAACACUUUUUCACACCACUGUAUGUAUUUGUAUAUGUAUGUAUUUGUACAAAUGUGGAUACAAACUCAAGAAAUGACACAUCUCAAUAUCUCAUAAAAGCACUGAUAUAUACUAUAAUAAUGCAUUCGCUUGAGUUAAAUCAAAUGACAGCUUUUUGUGUAACAACAGAACUUCAAAAGUAUUUUUAAUGAUAUUAGUUGUGAAUAAAUUGUGCUUUUAAAAA